AUGUACCAAGCUCUCCAGAUCUUCUCGCAACAGUUUCAACAAUUCGACUUUGUGUGGCAACUGGAAAUGCAUCUCAGGCUCAUCGGCCACGCAUACGAAAUCCUUUCAUCGGCUGCCGUCUUUGCCCAAAACGAGCCACGCGAGAAUCUGCGGGAACGAAAUGGGCGCUUUUACAUACCCGAAUUACACGAUAAAUCUAACGAGAAAUUCACGGCGGCCGUCAACGAAGAAGUGGGCGACUCUGGAACCUGGGGCGCAGUAAACACAACAGACUUUACUCCUCAGGGGCCACAGGCGCCUGUCAAGGCCGAGAACAUGGCAUGGGGCAUUGGGGAGGAUGCCGAUCUGUUCAGUUUCAUGCCCAUGAUCGAUCCAAUCGGCACAAACUGGGUUUGCGAAGAUCGCAUAUACGGGUUCACUGAUGGCGAGUCGACACCUCGCCGGGCUGCAUUUAUCAGCAAGACUCGGUUCUCUCAUCUGUUGCUUCAGCUGGUUCAUGAAGCCCAAAGUCAACAUGGGCAAUGGCUUGUGAGCGAGGCAACUAUGGAGACGUUUGCUCUUAUGCACGGCUUGAAAGCCGUAAGCAUCCCACAUCCCAUCGCGUUUGCAAACUCAAACGACAUCAUGGCGGCACGCAAGCCGGACCAGGCCAUCCACAUGGGGCCCAAGCAUUCCAAGGCUGGGGGCCAUAAUCCAUCGCUACUUUACACCAAGCAGGGGUACGUGGCUGGGCCUUGGGAGCAGUCCAGCUACUGGUGGUCAGGUAAUGAGGCACCCCGGAUAUGGCAUCAGUACUUGGGUGGCGAGUGCCUACCACCAAUGCUUCUUCACCCGGUGAAGGACUAA